CCCUUUUGAUUUAAAAAGGGAAAAUCGUUAUUCUAUACUUGUUUGGCCUGCAAAAUUUGUCUUCACUCCUUCAACUUCCACUCCAUUGAUACUCAGACGAAUAUGUCUCUCAUUUCCACUACUAUAAACCUCUCCUUCACCAAUCACUUCAACUCAACAACUCUCAGUUUCAACUAUGGAUUCCAUUUCCUUAAUUUUCAUCUUCUGCGUUUUCUGCUUCUCUAUAGCUAAUUCGUCCACUCUCGGAAUCAACUACGUUUCGCCGCUCCUCGAAAUUCAGGAAAGGGAACGUGCACCUUCUUCAGUCCAAUUAACUGCCGCCUACGACGUCCUCAAUCGCUUAAUUCCUUCCCAUUUUUCGAGCUUUCAGUUCCUCAUCAUCCUCAAGGAAUAUUGUGGUGGAGAAUUUUGCUUCAACAUAAGCAACCUCCCUGGUUCAGCUCAAGAUGGUUCUCCUGAAAUUAUUUUCACGGACCAGCUAUUAUUAGAGGCUGGAGAUGAUGAAGUAGUUCUGAUGUUACGCAGAAUAAGUGGAACCACAGCAGUAGAUAUAUUGUCCGGUCUUCAUUGGUACUUGAAAUAUUGGUGUGGGGCACACAUAUCAUGGAGCAAAACAGGUGGAGCACAAUUAGCUUCUGUACCUGACCCUGGCUCUCUCCCUGCUGUUCAAGAUGCUGGAGUCGUAGUAAAGAGACCUGUUCCUUGGAGCUAUUACCAAAAUGCUGUCACAUCAAGCUAUACAUUUGCUUGGUGGGAUUGGGAAAGGUGGGAGAAGGAGAUUGACUGGAUGGCUCUCCAGGGAAUCAACUUGCCAUUGGCUUUCACUGGUCAAGAGGCUAUAUGGCAAAAGGUCUUCAAGAACUUCAAUAUUAGCACUUCAAGUUUGGAUGAUUUCUUUGGAGGUCCAGCAUUUCUUGCAUGGUCACGUAUGGGAAACCUACAUAAAUGGGGUGGGCCACUGCCACAAAGUUGGCUGGAUCAGCAACUCAUUCUGCAGAAGAAAAUUCUUGCUAGAAUGUAUGAACUUGGGAUGACACCAGUUCUUCCAGCCUUUUCUGGAAAUGUUCCAGCAGCACUGAAGCAUGUAUUUCCAUCAGCAAAGAUAAGUCGUCUGGGAAACUGGUUUACUGUGAACAGUGAUCCCAGAUGGUGCUGCACAUAUCUUCUCGAUGCAACUGAUCCUUUGUUUGUUAAAAUUGGAAAAGCAUUUAUUGAGCAACAGCUAAAAGAAUAUGGAAGGAGUAGCCACAUAUAUAACUGUGAUACCUUUGAUGAGAACACACCUCCUGUUGAUGAUCCAGAGUAUAUCUCUUCGUUGGGGGCCACAAUCUUUGAAGGAAUGCAACGUGCUGAUUCUGAUGCGGUUUGGCUAAUGCAGGGAUGGCUUUUCACUUAUGAUCCUUUCUGGAGACCUACACAGAUGAAGGCACUUCUACAUUCUGUUCCUCUUGGCAAGUUGAUCGUUCUUGAUCUUUAUGCUGAAGUUAAACCAAUAUGGGCUACGUCAAAGCAGUUCUAUGGCACCCCAUAUAUAUGGUGUAUGCUACACAAUUUUGCUGGUAAUAUUGAAAUGUAUGGAGUUCUUGAUGCAGUGGGAUCAGGACCUGUUGAAGCUCGUAUAAGUGACAACUCAACCAUGGUUGGUGUUGGGAUUUCAAUGGAAGGCAUUGAACAGAACCCUGUGGUGUAUGAUCUUAUGUCUGAAAUGGCUUUUCAGCAUAGGCCAGUUGAUGGCAAGGCUUGGAUAGAUCUGUACUCCAGAAGACGCUAUGGGAGAUUUGUUCAACCCAUGCAAGAUGCCUGGAAUAUUUUGUAUCAUACCAUCUAUAAUUGCACUGAUGGUGCUUAUGACAAAAAUAGAGAUGUUAUUGUUGCAUUUCCAGAUGUUGACCCAAAGUCCAUUUCGACACAGCAAACAGUACUAAACUAUACCCAUGAUCAAUAUGGAAAACUAUAUUUAAGAAGAGCUACUCUGGAAGAACCAAAUGAUUCCUAUGAUAAACCUCAUCUUUGGUAUUCAACUUCAGACGUUAUACAUGCACUAAAACUUUUCCUGGAGAGUGGAUAUCAACUAUCUGACAGCAGUACUUACAGGUAUGACCUCAUAGACCUGACAAGACAAGCUUUGGCUAAGUACGCAAAUAAACUAUUCUUAGAUGCUAUAGACGCAUAUAAAUUGGAUGAUCUGCAUGCUGUUGCACACCUUAGCCAAAAGUUUCUAGGCCUUGUGGAAGAUAUGGAUAUUCUUUUAGGAUGCCAUGAUGGAUUCCUUCUAGGACCUUGGAUAGAGAGUGCAAAAAAACUUGCUCAAGAUGAAGAUCAGAAAAGACAGUUUGAAUGGAAUGCAAGAACUCAGAUCACUAUGUGGUUCGAUAAUACUGUGGAGGAAGCUAGUUUGCUUCGCGAUUAUGGUAACAAAUAUUGGAGUGGGCUAUUACGAGACUAUUAUGGUCCUCGCGCAGCAGUCUAUUUCAAGUAUAUGAUAGAAAGUUUAGAAGGCGGCCAUGGCUUCAACUUGAGAGCUUGGAGGAGGGAGUGGAUCAAACUUACAAAUAGUUGGCAAAGUAGCAGAAAUGUUUUUCCAGUCGAAAGUACAGGAGAUGCCCUUAAUGUAUCACAGUGGCUUUUUGAGAAAUACUUGCAAGAUUUGGGAUCACAUGAUCAACAAGCUUCCUAAUGGAUAUUGUACUAUAGAUAUCCCCUGCCCCUAAUACAUCUCAUUUUGGUUUCUGCAAGAAAAAUAUUUCAUCAUAAAUCAUAAUUGAUCGAUGUGAUGUUCAAGCAAUUGUAGUUUUGACGAAUGAAAUGAAAGCCUCUCUUUAAUUUCAUA